AUGUGCGGCGACGAGGAUGCCGAAGGCGACUGGACUUGCGGCAUGCACAUUAAGCCUCAGUGCUUCGCCAUGACUGGGUACUGCGACACUGCUGACCUCGGCAGAGUCCCAUGGGCCAAUGUUGUGCCGCAAUCUGCAGGCGACGGGGUAGGAGUCUUCACCUCGGAGAUCUGCACCUGCCAGAACUGCCCUGGAGCUGACCAGGAGGGUGCUCCGGAGACAGAGUGUGGCCUCGAAUGCAAGGGGUGCGUUGACGAGUAG